AUGCAAAACCCUAUUUUACAAACAAAUCAGAGCUCCUGAAAAUUUUAAAAAAUGUUCCAAAUUCUAAAAAGACUUCCCAGGGAGGCAAAAUCGCUUAUUAGGGGAUAUCAGACGCGGCCGAAGAUCUGCCAGGAACCCGGAGUGUUUGUCCAUCCCGAGCUGCGACGCACUAUUCCCCUUGUUUAUUUUAACAAAUCAGAACUGCCGUUUAAAUUGGAUCUCGAGUUACAUUCCAAGCCACAAUGUGGAAUAUCCCCAGGGGAAAGGCAACGAAGGUGCAAGGAGUACUUCCGGCAGUUUUGCAAGAGGCAGCGAAGUUGCUUUUCCGACACCUACUACUGGUCGGAGUUCCGCAGAAAGAUGAUCUACGGCAGUUACUAAACACGCACUAGCCUCAAAAUUUUGGAGUUACCGAACAUGGCCAAAAAUAGUCUACUUGAUUCAGUUUUGUUCUGGACGCUUUGAGGUAUAAAAAGUGUUUUCUUUUGAUAUGAUUUAUAAAAACAAAUCAUAAUAAAAGACUUUUUAAGCCAUAAAGCAUCACUUGACACAAAUUGCAAAGUUAAAUGCUGCAAAUAAAAUUACAUAAGGUAACAAAUAAAGGAUUUAAUUUAACCGA